UUAAGUCAUAAGUGCUGCAGACAUAACUUUGAACUACUUUUUAAAUGAUUUUAAGUUUGAUUUAAUUUUACCUAAUCGUCUAAAAAUAAAAUAAAUAUAGAAUAAAAUCAAUUUUGGACAUUUUAAUGUUUUUCUUUUAUAUUAAUCACUAAAAAAGGAAUUUAAAAGUGUAUAUAUCAAGGUACUCACCUAUCCUCGAGAAGGUUUUGGGUCUGGAGUGAUCCGACCUGCGGCCUUACGGGUCUCUCAGGAACCAAAGAUGGGCUGAUUGGAGAGAAUCGACCAAUCACAUUUUGCCUUGUGGCACCUUUCAGUUUUUUCUUUUUUUCGUUUUUCUGAUGAAAGCGCGUGCGGGUUGAGUGCGUGUGCGGGCGGAGUUGAGAUGAUGCUGGGAGGGCGCGGGCACAGGUGUGAGUGAGCGCGCAGAGACCGGAUUCAUCGGAGGCAAAAACCGAAGUUAUUUAUCGGAGAGGAGUUUUGUGGGUUUAUGACUUUUUAUCUGUUUAGAAAAUGAAGAUUUUGGGGAUUUUGAGCAUCAUUUUUAUCAGCAUUAACAGCGCAGCGGCUGUCACGCACUCGCUGCGGUUCCUGCACACGGCGGCGGCAGGAAUCCCCGCAUUCCCAGAGUUUGUGACGGUGGUCCUGGUGGAUGGACAGCCUUUCUCCUACUAUGACAGCCAGCUGAGGAGGGAGCUUCCCAGGCAGAGCUGGACGCUCCAAGCCGAAGAGCCGGACUUCUGGGAGAGGCGCACAAAUAAGUCCAUCGUUGAUGAGCAAGUCUUCAGAAGUAAAGUUGAGAUGAUUAAACCAAGCUUCAACCAGACGGGAGGUGUUCACAUCGUUCAGCUGAUGUAUGGCUGCGAGUGGGACGAUGAGACUGGAAGCAUCAAGGGUCGGUGGCAGUUUGGUUAUAAUGGAGAAGACCUCAUGGCCUUAGACCUGAAGACGAGCACGUGGACGGCACCAACUCCAGUGGCCACCUUCAGGAAACACAAGAAGGACAAAGAUAAAGGCUGGGCCAUUCGAAUGAACAACUAUCUUUCCCAGGGGUGUCCUGAUAAACUUAAGAAGUAUGUGAGCUAUGGGAAGAGCACAUUACUAAGAACAGAGUCUCCAUUAGUGUCUCUCCUCCAGAAGAAUUUCCUGUCUCCAGUCAAGUGUCACGCUACAGGCUUUUACCCCGACAGAGCUGUGAUGUUCUGGAGGAAAGAUGGAAAUGAGAUUCAUGAAGGCGUGGAGCAAGGACAGAUCCUCCCGAACAAUGACGGGACCUUUCAGAUGAGCAUUGAUCUGAAACUUUUAUCAGACUCGGUAGAAAAGAAGAGAUAUGAAUGUGUGUUUCAGUUCUCUGGUGCCAAUGAGAGCAUCAUCACCAAACUGGAGGAGACAAAAAUCCAGACCAACGGAGUAAACCCCUAUGAAGUGAUCAUCGCGGUUGUUAUUGCGGUCAUCAUUUUUGCUGCUGUCAUUAUUGACUGGUUUAUUGUCUACAAAGCCAGAAAAGCUGCAGAUCCUUUCAACGUAAAGAAGCAAAUGGAUCUUUGAGUCUGAAUGCAAAUGAAACUCUGCACUCGGAUCUUAAAUGAAGUCUGCACUGAAAAAGGAACCAUAUUAAUAUCCUGGAUUAGUUACAUAUUUAUGAUAAAUUAUCUAAUUUAUAUACCCAAAAAUGUAAAGUGUUGCCAUUAUUUAAUUUUAAAGAAAAAUGUAUUAGACAUCUUUCUUUAGCACAUUAAAAUAGUCACAUAUGAAUAUGUGUUUUCAAACUGGCCUUAAAUAUUGUCAAAUGAAGCAAGGCUUAAUACAUUAUUUUAUUUUAUAGCAGACAUCAUUUUUUUAAACUGUUUUUUUAAGCUAAGAGGCAGUCACUGUUCUUGUCUUAUGCUUGUUCACCAUUUAAUCAACUAGAUAAAAAGAUGAUAACAUUUUAAGAUAUGGAUACAAUCACAAAAUAAUUUUAUUAACAGUCAAAAUAGUUUAAAGAAUCGAUCUGUUCAGGUUUAAAUCAGCCCUUUCUUCACGCAGUGAUACAUGGAUGACACUAAUAGCUCGAUUCUGCACAUUUCAGUUUAUCCCUUCAGGGGUUCCCACAGCCAAGAAGAUUUUUUUUGGAUUCACGCUGGUGGUUUGGCAGAGACUUGAAUUGAUUUUUACUCUGUAUUUUAUCUGGGCUUGGAACCAACUUUGUGGCUACAUUGUUGGUAGCGCAAAAGCUCUUACCAGAGGAACCACACUAGAUGAGGCUCAUUGCAAAACCGGAUUUUUCAUGUGCCAGUCUCACACUUACCUAAGUCAUGGUUAAAAUUAGUCAUGGUUAAAAAAGUGGACAAGUUUGCUAAUGUGAUGAAGAAAAUCAAUUAAAUAUAUAUAUUUUUUACAACAGAUAUAACAGCAAAUAAAAGCAUUAAAUGAGUACUACAUAAACAAGAACAGGCUUGAAGGUUUAAUGACAAAAAAUAAUUGUCUGAACAUAAGAAGUGGAACCAGGUUUUCACCAAGGGUCUCGGGUGUCUUAAAAUCUGUCUUUGUUACGGUUUCAUGUAUGUUUUUAUUUGCUUUUAAAGGUCUGAGGGUAAAAAUGUUUGAGUGUGGGGAAACAAAGAGUUUCUUUAGGGUUUGGCUAAGGAUUGGGGUGGUUACAUGAGGACAUUUGUUUUGUGUUACUGUCUUUAUGAAUUAUAAACUGUAUGUACAUUUUCUCUGGUCAACUUAAGUUUGAUUUAUUAAAAAGAAACCAGGAAAUUUUGUUUGUUGGCCAAUAAAGCACUGAUGUAACGCGUAUGAAUGUACAAACUUCACCUUCGGGCAUGUCAUUGGUUGCCAAAACAAACCAGUUUUCACUGAUUUGCACACGUGGUUUAGCAGAGAUGCAUUUCCUUACACGGUGCGGUAUUUUAUCUGGGCUGGGGAUGGCAGAGGGUCACCCAGACUUGGGGCCCCUAGUGGGUUAGAUAGCCAGUAGGGUGGAGGGUCUUCUCUUCACUGGAUUAAGCUCAGCGCACCACUUGGGAAGUGACCUUGGUUUCCGUUGGCAACGAAGCCAUCCAGCUGCUUGAAUGUCCUUAAACAUAUGGAGAGACAACAGUCUCAAAACAUUUGUCUGUGUGUAAUACUUGACUUGCAACUUGUGUCUAUCUAUUUGUGUGUAACUUUGGAUUUGUGUGAGUAAUACUUGAUUUGUAACUCAUA